AUGGGAGAGGUGGUUGAAACCCUAGAGGGCCAUAGAAGGUCGGUGGCAGCUCCUCUCGUCUUCAUACUCGUCGUCGUUUUCCAAUUUGUCUCCAGGUGGCUACAACAGUUGAAGAAGAGGGGAGUGAAGACUGCUACGGCAAACCGGUUGCGUGGAGAAAUUAAGGACCUUUUGAAGGAGGCAAGCUCAUUGUCACAGCCUUCAACAUUUGCACAAGCUGCAAAGCUAAGGAGGAUGGCAGCUGCUAAAGAGAAAGAACUUGCAAAUUAUCAAGAAUUGCAUGGCAAGGAGAGAAAACUUUCAUAUGAGUUGUAUCUGAAAGUUUUGUUCAUCUCGAAGGUCUUAACAUAUCUUGUGCUGAUUUGGUGGUUUUGGAGGGUUCCUGUUGCCUCCAUAUCACAACAACUUGUGCAACCCUUUGGGAAAGUGCUAUCAUGGAGGGCUGGAGGAAUUUUAAAUGAAAAUGUUAUGGUAGGAAUUAUACCGUGGUUGAUAUUAUCUACUAGGGUUAGCAAAUUUGUUUGUCGACUGUUCAAGUUCAAAGAAUUGAAGUGA